CAGACGCGCGCAGGUGCCAGGGAGCGGAGUUCCUGGAGGGGGUCCCAGGCUCAAGGACCUCGGCGAGGCCAAGUGGAGUCCGUCCCGGUUCCCGAGGCGCUGCCGGAGCUGACCCGGAGGCCCGGCAGGGGAGGGAGCGAGACACCGCCCCCGCUGGCGCCGGGAAGCGUCGCUCUUUCUCGCUGACCUUGGUCUCGCUUGUCGCCUCGCCCUUGGCCACACGCACCGACGACGCGGGGCCCAGGAGAUGGACAGACGGGCCUCUGGAGGGACGAAGACCUAGAACAUAGGCACACACACUGCCCCGGUAGCCCCGCGGGCUCCGGGGCGUGCGGUCCUCGCCCACCCCGAGGCCGGGCCCCUCCAGCCCAGGGUUAAUGCCAACGAGUUUCCACCUCCAGCGGCUCCUAGAGAGGCCGCGGCGCGAGCCGGCGGGGGGACCUGGCCGCGGACGGACACUUCCUGUGCGGGGGAAGGGGGCCGGGCGGCCGUUGGACAGUGCAGCCCAGCCCGGGGCCGGGGUCCAGAAGGCAACAUGAGUGAGAAUGAGGAAGAGGAAAUUUCUCAGCAAGAAGGCACUGGGGACUAUGAAGUCGAAGAGAUACCAUUUGGGCUUGAACCCCAGAGCCCUGGGUUUGAGCUACAAAGCCCAGAGUUUGAACCCCAAAGCCCCAGAUUUGAGCCUGAAAGCCCGGGGUUUGAGUCCCGAAGCCCUGGGCUUGUGCCCCCAAGCCCUGAGUUUGCACCCAGAAGCCCUGAAUCAGAUUCUCAGAGCCCUGAGUUUGAAACCCAGAGCCCUAGGUAUGAACCCCAAAGCCCUGGCUAUGAACCUCGGAGCCCUGGGUAUGAACCCCGGAGCCCCGGGUAUGAACCCCGGAGCCCCGGCUAUGAAUCUGAGAGCUCUAGGUAUGAAUCCCAGAACCCUGAGCUCAAAACUCAAAGCCCAGAAUUCGAAGCUCAAAGUUCUAAAUUCCAGGAAGGUGCGGAGAUGCUUCUGAACCCCGAGGAAAAGAGUCCCUUGAAUAUCUCCGUAGGAGUUCACCCCCUGGACUCCUUCACUCAGGGGUUUGGGGAGCAGCCCACAGAGGACCUGCCCAUAGGGCCACCUUUUGAGAUGCCCACAGGGGCCCUGCUGUCUACACCGCAGUUUGAGAUGCUUCAGAAUCCCCUGGGUCUCACAGGAGCCCUUCGAGGUCCAGGCCGGCGGGGUGGCCGGGCCAGGGGUGGGCAGGGCCCUCGGCCUAACAUCUGCGGCAUCUGCGGGAAGAGCUUCGGGCGGGGCUCCACCCUGAUCCAGCACCAGCGCAUCCACACCGGUGAGAAGCCCUACAAAUGUGAGGUCUGCAGCAAGGCCUUCUCCCAGAGCUCUGACCUCAUCAAACACCAGCGCACCCACACUGGCGAGCGGCCCUACAAAUGUCCCCGUUGCGGCAAGGCCUUCGCCGACAGCUCUUACCUGCUUCGCCACCAGCGCACUCACUCUGGCCAGAAGCCCUACAAGUGCCCACAUUGUGGCAAGGCCUUCGGCGACAGCUCCUACCUCCUGCGACACCAGCGCACCCACAGCCACGAGCGGCCCUACAGCUGCACCGAGUGCGGCAAGUGCUAUAGCCAGAACUCGUCCCUGCGCAGCCAUCAGAGGGUGCACACCGGUCAGAGGCCCUUCAGCUGUGGCAUCUGCGGCAAGAGCUUCUCCCAGCGGUCGGCCCUUAUCCCCCAUGCCCGCAGCCACGCCCGGGAGAAGCCCUUCAAGUGCCCUGAGUGCGGCAAGCGCUUUGGCCAGAGCUCGGUGCUGGCCAUCCACGCCCGCACCCACCUGCCAGGCCGCACCUACAGCUGCCCCGACUGCGGCAAGACCUUCAAUCGCUCUUCCACUCUCAUCCAGCACCAGCGCUCCCACACGGGCGAGCGGCCCUACAGGUGCGCCGUGUGCGGCAAGGGCUUCUGCCGCUCCUCCACGCUUCUGCAGCAUCACCGGGUCCACAGCGGCGAGCGGCCUUACAAGUGCGAUGACUGCGGAAAGGCCUUCUCCCAAAGCUCCGACCUCAUCCGCCACCAGCGGACCCACGCGGCGGGCCGGCGCUGACCUGGGGCCCCAGCAGGGGUGGGAGGUGUGGGCAGAAGAUAAGCGGCCAGGGAGCUAGAGGAACCUUUAGGGAGGAUAGUGGAGAAGCCGCAGGAGAAUGGAGGAGCUGAGGAUGCUGGAAGAAGAGGACCAGGGUGGAGGAAGUGACGUGCCCUGGAGACUUGUGGGAAGUGGGUUGGAGGGAGGCCAGGCCGGCAGCGGGAGGCCCUGGGAGAAAUGGAGAGAGGUCGGCAGAGGGCUGGCCUCAGCCCCGGCUCCUCGGUGGGUGCCUGGCUUGGCAACUGCUAGAGCAGGGAGGGGGGAGGGCAGGGGAUUACCUAAUUAGAGUGGGUUAGCUUAGAUUUGUAGCUGCUGAAACCCUCGUUGAGUCAGGAGCGGGUAAAAGGUAGGUGGGGUGGGGAGUGGGGCCCCGGGGUGGGGCCUGGGCCUCUGCGUGCAAACCCCAGCCUCCCUCUUCUUCCUCAGGCUUUGGAGCCCCUGAGUUUGAGUUCAAUAAAAACUUUAUGUGGUAAA